AUGAAAAGUUUGCUGCACUUCUUCCUGUUCUUGAUAAUUAUCAAGUUAGUUCACGGCCGGUGUGAUGCAGAUGACCUAUCGGCAUUGCUCCGCUUAAAGAAGAUAAGCCCGCCACCAGAAGCUUAUGUUCCCCCCAAGCUUCUGUCAUGGAAUUCAAGUACCAACUGCUGUGCUUGGGACGGUGUUACUUGCAGUACUGACGGUCAUGUCAUCGGUCUUGACGUUAGCGGUGAAUUUCUCGAAGGCGGGAUUGACAAUUCAAGCAGUCUCUUCGACCUUCAACAUCUUCAAAGCCUCAAUUUGUCCUACAAUUGCCAAGUAGGCAAAAGUUUUCCGAUUCCACCUGCAAUCGGAAGGCUCACGAAUUUGAGGUAUCUAAACUUAUCUAUUACUUGUUAUACAGGGCAAGUUCCAUUUGCGAUUACACGCUUGACAAGGUUGGUUACUCUUGAUCUUUCCGGAAAUUAUAAUUUCGGAUACACUCAGUUAAAACUCUAUAAUCCGGAUUUAAGCACGCUGGUUCAGAGCCUCACGGAGCUUAGAGAGUUAUAUCUUGAUGGUGUAACUGUAUCAGCAUGGGACACUGAAUGGUGCCAAGCCAUAUCAUCUUCACUUCCAAACCUGAGGGUGUUGAGCUUGUCAGCUUGCAAUCUUUCAGGUCCUAUUGAUCAGUCCCUUGCUAAACUUCAAUCGUUAUCGGUGAUUCGAUUGGAUGACAAUGAUCUUCCUGUGCCACUUCCAGGAGUCUUUGCCAACUUCUCAAAUUUGACAUCCUUGAGUCUCCGUUCAUGUUUGAUGCGCGGAACAUUUCCUGAAGAGCUCUUCCAGGUACCCACUCUACAAACUGUUGACCUUUCCGAUAAUCCACAACUUCAUGGUUCCUUUCCAGAAUUUCCCAGGAAUAAUUCUCUUCAGUCCUUGGUUCUAAGCAACACAAAGUUUUCAGGGAUAUUGCCAAAAUCUAUUGGCAAUCUCAAAAUGUUGUUGAUGAUAGAUAUUUCGGGUUGUAGUUUCUCUGGAUCAAUCCCAAAGUCAAUUCAAAAACUCACACAAUUGGUUCAUUUGUAUAUGUCAUCAAAUAGGUUCAGUGGUCCUAUUGAUUCUAUUCACUGGGAAAAACUUGUUAAUCUGCUAAAUAUUGUGUUGGACUCGAAUUUACUCAGCGGGAUUAUUCCAUCUUCGAUUGUUUCUCCACCCUUUUUGGAGGAACUACUGCUUUCCCACAAUCAAUUCUCCGGUCAACUCCAUGAAUUUUCAGAUGUUUCCUCCUACUUAGUUACCCUCGAUCUAAGUUUCAAUAAUUUGGAAGGAAUAGUACCCUUGUCUAUAUAUAAUUUUCAAGGGCUUGAAACCCUUGAUCUUUCUUCAAACAAUUUCAGCGGCUUUCAUUUUAACAGUCCUCAACAGUUGAGUAAUCUUUCGGUCAUUAAUCUUUCGAACAACAGCUUGUUGGUUUUAUACAAUGGUACAACUUCCUCAUAUUCCUCAUUUCCUCAAAUUGUGAAUUUGAACUUGGCUUCUAACAAUUUGAGAACAUUCCCGGAUUUCUUUAGAAAUCACAACGGCUUAACUGUUUUGGACCUUUCACAAAACCAGAUUCAAGGCACGAUUCCUAAUUGGAUUUGGGGGCUCAUUUCACUUCUUAAUGUCAAUCUUUCUUGCAACUCCUUCGUGACUCUAGAAUGGCCAUUAACUAAUUCUUCCGGCGUGUCUGAGCUUGACCUUCACUCAAAUCAACUUCAGGGACAAAUCCCAGUUUUCCUACCUUAUGCCGGUUAUCUGGAUUACUCAAGAAAUCAUUUCAGCUCAAGUAUACCAACUGACAUUGGUAAUUUCCUUAGCAUGACUAGGUACUUGUCUCUUUCAAGGAAUAACUUGCAUGGGAUCAUUCCCGUUUCCAUAUGCAAUGCAAGUUUGGAGUUUCUUGAUAUGUCCGAUAACUCUCUGAGUGGCAUGAUUCCUCAAUGUUUGACUGCAAUGAGCAGUCGAGUACUUAGUUUAAGGAGAAACAACCUUACCGGAACAAUUCCUGGUGGAGUUCUUGAAUACUGUAGUUUCAGGAUUCUAGACCUUGGUGAAAAUCAGAUAGAAGGUCAGGUUCCAAAAUCUCUAGCCAACUGCACAGAACUAGAGAUUCUAAACCUUGGAAUCAAUCAGAUAACGGACACUUUUCCAUGCUUUUUGAAAAACAUCUCCACCUUGCGCAUUCUGCUUAUGCGAUCCAAUAAUUUAUAUGGAGGGAUUGGUUGUUCAGAGACCAAUGGCACCUGGCCAAAGCUUCAAAUCAUAGACCUAGCUCACAACAAUUUCAGUGGUGGAAUACCAGCAAGAUCUUUGACAACAUGGCAAGCAAUGAUGGCUAACAAAGAUGAUUCCCGAUCAAGGGCUAGGGCUCUAGAAUUUCCAAAUGAUCCAGGGAGAGCUGUGGUUGAAUUUGAUUAUUAUGCUGCAAUAACAGUUAUUGGGAAAGGUUUGGAGAUGGAUCUGCAAAAGAUUCUAACCAUCUUCACUUUGAUUGACUUCUCUGGUAACAAAUUCAGCGGAUCAAUACCUAAGGAAUUGGGAGACCUCAAAUCCUUGUAUGUCCUCAACUUGUCAAGUAAUGCUUUCACUGGUGAAAUCCCAUCAUCCUUGGGUAACUUGCAAAAGCUGGAGUCCUUAGACAUGUCAAGGAACAAGCUAAGCGGGCAAAUUCCACCAGAGUUUGCAGAGCUUAACUUCCUUUCGUUCUUGAAUCUCUCAAAUAAUCAACUAGUCGGCAGGAUCCCAACAAGUACUCAGUUUACGACAUUUCCCAAAGCCUCCUUCAUUGGAAACAAAGGAUUAUGGGGGCCUCCUUUGACAGUGGAUAGCAAAGCAGGAUCACCACCACCACCACCAACAUUAAAUGGAAGUCAGCAAAAUUCUGGAGAUGAGAUUGAUUGGGAUCUUAUCAGUGUCGAAAUUGGAUUUGUAUUUGGCUUUGGAAUUGCAGUCGGGUCACUUGUGUUCUACAAAAGAUGGAGUAAAUGGUAUUACAAAGCUAUGUAUAAAAUCCUUGUUAAGAUAUUCCCUCAACUUGAAGAAAGAAUUGGUCCUCAUGUUCACAUGACUCAAAGGCCAAGACGUUGA